AUGGCUCAACUGCAACCCGACAACCGUAGCAGAAGAGGCUGUUGCUGCCGCCUCAGCAUAAUUUGGAAGCUCCUCGUAACAAUAGUUCUCAUCGUUGCUCUCAUAGUCUUCGUUUUAUUCCUCAUCGUCCAACCACAGUCCUUCAAAUUCAGUGUCAAAGAAGCCAAACUCACCCAAUUCAACUACACCACCAAAACCAACACCCACACCCUCCAUUACAACCUCGUACUCAACUUCACAGCACGUAACCCAAACAAAAAACUCAACAUCUACUACGAUGCAAUUGAAGGACAUGUAUCCUACGAAGGAACAAGGUUUGCAUCAACGGAUGUAAUAAGCUUAAACUCUUUCGGCCGUCAAUACACAAAAACCUCGAGUCCUAUAAAUGGUGUUUUUUCUGGGCAACGUGUUGUGGUUUUUGACCAUGAUCAGGUUUCUGAUUUUGAACGUGAUAAGAAUUAUGGAGUUUUUCGUAUUGAUGUGAAAUUAUACUUUACGAUGAGGUUUAGGCUUGGUGAUUUUAUUUUUCCAUAUACUAAGGGCAACAUUAAAUGUGGGAUUGAUGUUCCUUUUGGUUCUAUUGGGACUAAGCUCAUGAAUGCAUUUGAACCCACCACAUGUGAAGUUAAUUUUUAA